ACCGGAAGCAAGCUUCCGAGGGGGUCGCCUCAUGCGUCGCUGAGCCCAUGGCUGGCGCGUCGGGGGCGGAGAGCGCUGAGCAGCGCGUGCGGCACCUGCGUGAGGACGAAGAUCUGAUCAUCGAUGGAGAGACCGAAGUGGAUGACCUGCUAGUGGCACAGAGGAUCGCGGAGCAGGAGGCCUUGGCUGAGGAGGUGCUGCAGGAGCCGGCAGGCAGCACAGGCGAGCGGCGUCGCGCGCCUUCGGCACAAGACGUGCAGAAGCUCCUGCGGCUGCUGAGGGAAACGAGCAAGCUCACCGCGAAGAUCGGCACGCUGCCGGCGCAGUUCGACACCUUCGUGAGCCCCGAGCUGCGGGAGGCCUGCAAACACGCGGCGGAGGCGGUGACCAAGCUGCCGCUGCCCGAGGGUGAGUCCGCGGACCUGGCUGAGCCGGCGGAGCCUGUGGGCGAGGAGCACUGGGGCGAGGGCGAGCCAGUGGCAGUGGACCUGCAAAGCACCGAUGAGGAGGCUGAGCCGGAGGCUGUGCAAGAGGCCGCUGAGGCACCGGAGAAGGAAGAGGCAGAGGAGGGAGAAGAAGAGGGCAAGGAGAAGGCGGAGCUGGGAGAGAACCCGGAGAACGGCGAGGCAGAGAUGGAGGUGGAGGUGGAGGUGAAGGAGGCGGAGGCCGCGCGGCCUGCGCCGCUGGAAGACGAGGGCGCCCCUCAGAUCUCCGUGGCGCACCUCGCUGAGCACCUCGAGGAGACGGCGCCAAGGGAGCACAUCGGCCAGGUGUUGUCCGUUGUGCAAGACCUCAUCAUCGUGCAGGGGGAGGAGGAUGGCAAGGCCUUGGAUCUGGGCUCCGUGCUGUGCCUCAGCGGCGGCCGAGUGCUGGGGGCGGUGGUGGACGUCUUCGGGCCGACCUGCAAGGCCCACUACGUGGUGCUGCCCACGGAAAGCUGCAAGCAGGACCUGCCGACGGUGGGCUCGAAGGUUGUGGCGGCCAUCGGCAUGGAGGAGACGAGCUUCCUAGACGCCUCGGAGCUAGCCGUGGGCCAGCUAGAAGAUGGCGACGUGAGCGACAGCGCCGAGGGCUCCGACAGCGACGAGGGCGGCGACGGGUCGACGGGCGCUUCGGCCGCGGGUGCCGCAGCGCUGGAGGCGGCCAUGCGCGGGGCUCCCGCCGCCCCGCCGCGUGGCAUUUGGAAGGAGCCGCCCCGCCGGCGCGAGCGCCCGGCGCGCCCGGCGCGCCCGGCGCGCCCGCGCCCCGCGCCGCCCGCGCACGACGUCCGUGGCUUCGGCGCCGCGCGCGGAGCGCGCCGAGCGCCGGAGACUGGAGGACGCCCCCUGGCGAAGCCCGGCGACGCCUUUAACACAUAG